UGUGCGCCCAAUCACGGCAUUUGAUUGGGCGCCAUCGCGCACGCGUCGAGGAGGCGCCGCCACCCGUGUAGGCCAAGACAGACUCGGGAGACAUGUAAGGCGAGUGAAACAGGAGCCCUGCGCUGUCCUCUCCUCUCCGAGUCCUCCUGGUCGCCGGUGAGGGAGCUUUCUCUUUCGACGUCCUUCUUCACGGCCUCCCUCCUUUUCGCUCUUCGCCGAACCUUACCUUCAAUUGCUGCUAGAGUAUUCCUGUCUUGCAUAAUUCCUCGUCCGUUUAGUAUCUCUUGAGAUGUCAUCCAUGUCCUCCUCGAAGAAAGCCGCGUGCAUCGCGCUCUGCCUCGCCCAUCUCGCUUCCGCUCUCCCUGGUCUGGGCAUUACCAGACGUGCAACGUCGCAGGCAUCAGCCCCCACCACCAUCGACAUUCCACUCCAUUUCGAUCCCAGCGGUAGAUAUGUCAUCCCAGUGGGCAUGUCCCCCGGGGCGAACCAACAGAACUUCAACUUCACGCUCGCGACCAGCACAGGUCUCACGUCUGUCGCGGGGCUGGGCUGCAGCUCUUGCAGUGAUAUCAGUCUGUACAACCAGAGCGCGUCGAGCACCGCCAAAUCUCUGAACGACAAUGACAGCGUAUCUUUGGUUGGCGGGUCUUACAGUGGGUCUGUUAUCAAGGAAGAUUGUUCCAUGGCGACCACCGGUUCUGAAUGGCUCUACAAAAACCAGACCAUCGUCGUCGCCCAGGCCCAGCAGAACGGCACCGUCUUCGGGAACGGCGCCUCCGGUGUGCUCGGGCUCGGCACGAACCGCCUCUCAUCGAGCAGCUCCUCGUCCGCGUCCACAGGCUACUCGUCCAGCUUCAGCGACAGCAUCUUCUCGCAAUGGCUGCAGAACAACGCGGACCAGGACAGCUUCCAGUUCGGGAUGGACAUCGCCCCGCCCGUCGUGACGCCGACAAGCACGAACGGGCUCGCGGCCGCGUCGCCGACGAGCACCGGCGCGGGCACGCUCCACUGGCUCGCGCCGGACCAGUCCAAGUACAACCAGGGCGGGCUGACGUAUAAGAACGUGCAGAACAACGCAUCGUUGGUGUAUUCGGCGGGGAGCCAGCCGGAUUGGUCGGUCCCCCUGGAUGGCUGGAAGGUCAGCAGCGGAGGGGAUAGCUUCAGCAGUGGGGACCAGAUGAUGGUCAGUGUGGACCCGUACUACACGGAUAUCUACUUCCCGGCAAAGGAGGCGCAGCUGUUCAAUGCGGUCAUCUCUGGCUCGUCCGUCCAGUCUGGCUUGUCGACGCUGGGCUCACAGUCGCAGGCGUGGGAGGUCCCGUGUGACUCCAAGGUCUCGCUGGCAAUCAACAUCAACGACCAAACGUUCACCCUUGACGAGUCGGUGCUUGUGAGGCAGACGAGCAGUGGGACCUGCUUCAGCGGCGUGGAGGGCUGGAUGGAUGGCUCUGUCGACGAAUACAUCUUCGGCGCGCUCUUCGUCAGCCAAGUCUACCUGGUCUUCAACGUCGGACGGAACGGCACCGACGCCGUCGGCUUCGCACCGAAGAUCGCCGCCAAGAAGUCGAGCAACGUCGGCGCGAUCGUCGGUGGGACCGUCGGCGGCGUCGUCGGGGUGCUCCUCACCGGGAUCGCCGUGUUCUUCUACAUCCGCAGCCGCCAGGACCGCGCGAUGCUCCAAGACACCGUCGCGAUGGUCGAGGAGCACAAGGUCGCGAACACGAUCCAGCCGUACACGCUCGGCGCCGCGCCCGCGGGCCGCACGGGCUCGCCCGGCGUGGACGCGCCGCUGCUCCGCGAGGACGACGUCGCGCCGCCGUCGUAUGAGGCGAGCGAGGCGGGCGGGUCGACCGUCGCCUCGGGCGGCCCGGUCAGGAUGUCGAAGGGCGAGUAUGUGCGCCCGCUGUCGGUCCAGGGCGAGGGCGCGUCGGGGUCGGGCCAGCCUCCGCGUAUUGAGCCGAAUCGGAUGUAUAACAUUGAGGAGUGAGGGCGGUUUGUCGUAUUUAUCGUUUUUUGCUUGGUAGAGACUUGUUGCACGUUUUGUUCGGUUUGUC